CGCCGGGAGCAGGAAGCAUGCGCGGCGGCUGGGAGCUGGGCGACGCGGCCGGAGGCCCGCUGCUGCUGUGCGCCGCGCUGCUGUCCGUGGGCUGCGCACUGGGUCUGCGCCUGGGCCGCGGGCUGGGGGCUGCGGACCGCGGGGCGCUAGCCUGGCUCUGCUUCGACGCCUUGGUACACUUCGCACUGGAAGGCCCUUUUGUCUACUUGUCUUUGGUAGGAAACAUCACAGAUUCUGAUGCCUUGAUCGCUUCAUUGUGGAAAGAAUACGGCAAAGCUGAUGCAAGAUGGCUUUAUUUGGAUCCAACCAUUGUGUCUGUGGAAAUUCUGACUGUAGUUCUGGGUGGGUUUCUGGCACUGGUUCUCAUUUAUGCCAUCGUCAGAGAGGAACAUUAUCGGCAUUUCAUACAGAUCACCCUGUGUGUGUGUGAAUUGUAUGGCGGGUGGAUGACCUUCUGCCCAGACUGGCUUAUGGGAAGCCCCAACCUCAACACCAACAAUUGGCUCUACUUUUGGGUCUAUCUGGUAUUUUUCAAUGGUGUUUGGGUUCUGAUCCCAGGACUGUUACUGUGGCAGUCAUGGGUAGAACUCAAGAAAAUGCAUCACAAAGGAUUCAAUUCAGGCAAAAAGUUUCAGUGAAUUUUCAAAAUCAUAAACACCAUCAGCGUGCUUUGAGCCAGAAUGAAUCAGACCUGUUUGUUGGGCCAAAAUGUAAUACAUUCCAGUCUAUACUUUUCUUUUAUAUUGUCAUUCUUGAACAACCUAAUUGCUUUCAAUUGAAUCAAUUUCAAAUGGACUGUAAGGUUGACAAGUUUUGGCUGUUGUUUUUUCCAGUUAAAUGGCAAUACCGGGAACAGAGAAUAAAUUUUAACUUGUAAUAAUAACACAUUUAAUUA